AAAAGAAAAAACCCUUGUUAAACCCUAACACUCGAGUAGUGACAACGAAGCCCGUACCUAUAAUUGAAAAAUGCAGCAACACUGGUGGCGCACCGCCGGAGACCGGCUGAGAAAGGUGGCAGAUUAUUAUAGAAAGUACCAUACAAUACAAGCCAUACCAAGGGAAGUUUCGGGUCCCCGAAUAUCGGCCCGAGACAGAGCUCAGGGACGGAUCCCUGCCGUCGUCUUCUCCUCCGCCGCAGCAGACUCCACAAAGCAGCUGCUUACAACUGAACAGAAGCAGAUUCAUUCUAUUCUUAGUACGGUGGAUCCCGCCUUCUUCUGCUCCACCACCUUCAAGCUUCAAGUUCGGGCCGGGUCCGGGUCUUCAGUACUUCUUCACUCUGGAAAUGUUCUCCCCGUCAAGCUAGCGAGAGAUGAGAAGACAGGGAAGGUGAUGAAUAUGGUAUUUGUUUGGGCGGAAGAGGGAUCAACGUUGGAGGUAGACGUGCCCAUUGUUUUCAAGGGUGAAGAUUCUUGUCCUGGCCUUAAGAAAGGAGGACAGCUGAAUACCAUAAGAAAGAACCUGAAGUAUCUAUGCCCAACAGAAUGCAUCCCUCAAAAGAUCGAAGUGGACAUAAGCAAUUUGGAAGUAGGAGACCGGAUAUUUAUGAAGGAUAUUCAGGUUGAUCCGUCAUUGAAGCUUUUAAGUGGGAAUGAUACUAAACCUAUCUGCAAGAUUGUGGCUUCAGAUGUUGAUAGUUCACCUCUGGAAACCUAAUGUUGUAAGUGUAAUGAUUCUUCCUUGUUUUGACUCAAUCUUUAAGAACCAAUUCAUGAUGAAAGCAGCUUCACUUUGUGGGGGUCUGAAGAAAUAUGGCAAUUUUUGAUGGGUAGGCUGUACUGCAAACUUAGAGAGAGAGUAUGUGUUUGAAAACUAUUAGGUGUAUUCGGGUGUACCGUGCAGUCGUGCAACCACAUUUUCUCCUCGGGAAAAAGUGUGAGAGUACGCGGUACACCCAGGUGCAUCUAAUAUGCUAUGGGGGGAGGGUUCAUUGGUGACUCCGGAAAGCUGCUACAAAAAAAUGCACCCCUUGUAUAACAUCUGAACCCGUGCACUAUAACAUGGACAAUCUAUUGUAAUCCAUCCUUAAUUUAUAUGGAGUAGCAGUUAUUCUUUUCCUCUG